AUGUCUGUUCAGGAAACUGAAUAUGGAAAUAUCGAUGAUGCUACUGAAUUACUCGAACAGCUCUCCCUCAAGCCGCCAUCACAACGAAAAAUCAAGAUAUCCAACCUCGUGGAGCACGUAUGCCUUAUUUUCUCCGCAGAAGGGCUUUCGAAUACCGUGUUGAGUCGAAUAAUCGACAUAAUCACACUUCCAAAUGAACUCGACCAAGCGAGUCGAUGUAAACUCAUAUUAAACUUAUAUCCCACUGACAAAGUUCCAAGUAAUAUUAUUUUCAAUGUUGUCAGCUCUCUCGGCCACGGCCAGUCUAAGCCUUUGUUUACGACACAAUCCGCGUUGCUUAAAUGGCUCGCCUUUAUUUAUGACAUAAUCGAAGAUCACAAAGCUUUCUCAAAAGUUUACAGUGUAUUAUUUAAUUUACUUGAUACGGUUGCAAUAAGAUCUCAUAUAUGUAAACUUUUGUGCUUGGUUACACAACGCAAACAUGUCCAACCCUUCAGAAUACAACUUCUCAUGGAGCUGAAUCGACAAUUUGGGAAUGAGUCUGCACUUAUUAAACUUAUGCAGGUAUUUAAGGGCCAAUUUCCAGAUAUUAUUCUAGGUCCGAUGAUUCCAGGGAAUUCCAACAUUUUUACAGAAAAAGACCAAGAGUGGCGAGAAAGACUGUUUCGAAUUCAGAAAGACAAGAAUGUUGCAGUUGGAUUCCAAAAAAUUUCGUCAAUAAUCCCUUCAGCUUAUACGGCAAAUACCCGAGAAAACUCAAUUAUUUUGGAAGACAUGAGAGGCUUUCCCGACCUUGUGAAUAAUUUAGAAAAUAUUGAAGCUCCAAAUCAGCUAGUCGCGGUUUUAGGUACCCCUAUCAUACAAAAAUAUUUGCUGCUUAAGCCAUCGGAAAGCUGCUUUGAAAGAAUAGACAAUUGGCUCCUAGCGUUUUUUGAGGAAGAGCUUGAGUGUCGCAUAUGGGAAACAAGCAGAAUAGUUGAGAUGCUUCAGGCAAUUCUCCACUACACACAAUACACCAAAAUACUACCCUCAGCAUGUUUAAAGUACUUUGAUGUUAUGCUCACCUCAUGGGAUGGUAUUCAAGGGCGAGAUAUUAUCCUCAAUCUUCUCGCCUACUUACCUCUUGAUACCUCUCGGAGUGUCCUUGAUUCCAUAUUUAGGCGCCUUGAAGAAGCAAUUUUAGAUGAAGGGAUUGAGUCCAAGCUUGCCAUUCUCGGGUUCUACUCUAAUCUUCUUCGCUAUUGGUUCGCUUGUCUCCUUGCAAAUCCAGAGAAAUCACAGGCUGCCGCGUCAACCAUCAAUGCUAUUGUAGUGCAUGCUAAUGAGUUAGCGCUAACCGUAAUCCAAGCCAACCACGAUGUUCCGAACAUCUCAUUUGCUCUGAAAUUCUACGAAACAGCAUCUUUCCUUGCCGGUAACACCCGUCUUAGAAAUAAGCUUGAUCUAAUUAUUCCUCCCCUGGAAGCUAUCUACAUGAUGUGCUUCACAUUAUCGAUAAGUAUCUUGGAUCGAGUUUGCGCCAUGCUUGUAACAUACAAGACUGCAUUUCAGUUAAUCGUGGAUCAAGGAAAUUCUGACACAAACAUCACCCAGGAUAAAAUAGACUCAGCACGAUUGCAAAUCAUGAGACUGAAUAGUUGUCUUGUAGAUCUUUGCAAUUGUUUCUGGCAUUCUAAAGCCUUUAAUACUUCAGACACAAACGCUCUAGGGUGCCUUUUGUCUUCACAAGUUCAGAAGACCCUGAAAGAUUAUGUCGCCUAUUUGGGAAAUUCAUUUGAGUUAAGUGCCAUGUUUGGGCUUUCCCUAUCACCCGUCACAUUUUUAAUGGCCCGUUCAUAUCUUGAGGAAAAAGAGAAAAGCGUGAACCAAUCUGAGAAGCAUCGGGGAGUGAUUACUCCGGCUUCAUUACAAUUACUGCAGUUAAAAGGUGGGUUGGAUAUCUCGUGGAAAGAAUUUCGAUUAGGCAUGCUGCAAUCUCUAGAACAGAAGGGAGUAACUGGCAUGCCUGGUCUCAUUUACUCUACAUUAAAACAAUUUAAGCCUGUCGUGUCGAGAGAUCCCGACGUUCCCGAUGGUGAGAAGAAUUCAGUGGGCAACGUAGUUGAGCACUUGUUUGACACUGUUCAUGAGGAUGAGAAAAGUGAAGUUUGA